AUGGUCCUCUACACGGAUCCCCCGCCGCUGCGCCCGUUCAGCAAUGACAAGCCGACCCUCCUGGUGUGCUGGUGGAUCACCAUGUUCUGCGCCGUCAUCAUCCUCUUGCGGGUGUGCGGCAGGCUCGUGCGGACGGAGAGGCUGUUCCGGGAAGAUAAGAUGGCAGCUCUGGCUCUGGUGCCGCUGUUUCUGCGAAUGGGAUGCGUCCAUGUCAUACUGCUCUUCGGAACCAAUAACGUGCAGCUGGACAAUGUCAGGCUUUCGGACGAGGGGCUGCGCAGGAGGGAGAUCGCAAGCGGGUUGGUCUUGCUGAGUCGGGUGAUGUACGCUGCAACAUUGUGGGUACUGAAAAACGCUAUCUUGGAGUUUUUUCGGCGCCUCAAUGUGACAUGGGAACGGUCGUAUGAGCUUUCGUUGAGGUUCAUCCGUGCUGUUCUCGUUGCAACGUUCAUCGCCGUUGUGAUCAGUGACCUGACGGAAUGUCAGCCCUUUUCACACUACUGGCAAGUCCUCCCGGAUCCUGGCGGGAGAUGCCGUCAGGGGUACGCGCAGCUCUUGACAAUGGCCGUCUGCAACGUGUUUACAGACUUGCUGUUGAUCAUCUGCCCUGUGCCCAUCAUCGUUCGGAGCACGAUGAGCACCAAGAGAAAAGCCCAGCUUGUCAUGCUCUUCUCCCUCAGCCUUGCGCCCAUUGGAGUGACCAUCUACCGGGUGCCACACAUUAUUAACGAACAGGGGAGUCAACAAAGCCGAUCUCUCUACGCCUCGAUCGAGCUUCUCUUUGCGACGGCUGCAGCCAACGCCCUCGUACUCGGGUCUUUUGUUCGGGACAGGGGUGUCAAGAAGAGGAAGUACAAGUACGACUCAGUUGCAGUAGCGUCCACCAUUGACCGUUCAUCCGCCUCCGAGUCGCGACGGCCAACCGUUUUGAAGCAUUGGGGGAGCGACGAGGAUUUGGUGCGGGAUAUGGGAUACGCCGUCAAGCCCGAGCUCCGAGAAUCACAGCCCACCGGAAACGAGAACCCAGUGUUCACGCCCGCGCCUAUUGCGACCACCAAGCUGCACGAAGACAUGACCUCUUGGCAGUUCCCGGGUGCCAACCGAGCCAGCGCAGCGCAAAGCGACGACCCAUUGAUUUCAAGCGACCCAGUCCCAUCCGUCAGGAGUAAUUCGACAGCAACCCGACGCGUGUCGUUUUUCGACUACGGCGGUCUUCUCGAUGACGUAGGGCCCACGAGUCGACGAGGCAGUUAUCUGUCUUCGAAGGACAUUCCAGUUGGGCUAACGACAACUCACCCCUCACCGGCGGUGCAAGCAAGCGGCAACGGUCUCCGAAGGGGCUCGGCAGCCCUGCUGCAAGAUCUCGGAGGAUUCCUGAGUCCCCUGACCUCGAUCCAACCAAAGCCGAAGCCGAAACCACCGAGUCUGGAGCCCAUUGAGCAGUCGACCCAGGAGGGAUCUAACGCUGCACCGGGAUAUUCCAUGCCUUCGCCGGAGAAGGCAGGACCGGAGUUGCUGGAUCCUGGGGGGUUGCUCAACGGCAACGGGGCCUGCACUGAGGACUUGAGCAGCGGCUUUGUUCGAGAACUAUGAUGUCUUUCGUACAAGCGUGCGAUUUGUACACUACCUACCUACUGUCACCAGGGACUGGCGGGGCCAUCUGGGGACGAUGAGCUUUACACCUACUACUAAUUCGGCAAAGGGAAGGCGUUUUUUUUUUGGUUGUUGUUUUCUCCGCUUAUGGGCUGGGUGGGCUGUAUGAUAAGGGGAGAGAGAGGCGUUUGCAGGCGUCUAUUGUUUAUGAAAACGACAUUUCGUUCUAAUCCACACGAAAUACCCGCAGUCACACACAAAACAAUUAGCCGACCUACCACCACCACCACCACGACACACCAUUCAUCUUUUCCUCUCACACAACAAAUACGGCGGGAAAGAGGAUAUUCACGAGAUAAACAAGAAGAUGAUGAAACAACGACUAGGAACCAGAGGA